AUGGAUAUAAAAGAAUUAAUAGGAAAAGAAAACAAAAGAGAUUUAGUUUACACGACAGUACAUCUUCAGUUCGAGGAGCUGACGUUAAGAGACUACGUCCUACAUUCGAUAGUGGAUAACUUCAUAAGAGGGAAUUUCACUCCGACCACCUUCACCGAGCGGCCGUGCCGAGACGAGGCCCUCCCGUACUUCCUUCCUAAGCACACCAGACCAGAAAGGUCAAAACACGUUAAGAAGUCCAAGAAAUAUGGAGACUCGUACAGAAUAUAUGAUAAUUUAGAUGUAGAUGGGUACUACUUCAAACCAAAGUAUCGUAGAUUUAAUAGAGAUGAAAGGUCUGUGUAUAGAAGGUUUGCGAAGAGCUUGCGGAUGAGGAGGAGGUUUUUACCAGCGAGAGUCGUGAGCGGACCGCUGGCAAGUCGGACCGCGGUAUUGCUGCAGUGGUCUCUCGGUGAUGGUGUGCAUUUAGAUAGCGAGGCUACUAAUGUUGUUUUUAGGUAA